GAGCCCAGUUGAAGCGGGUGGCGGCGGCGGAGCGCGCCCCCUCCCCCCCGCCGAAAAGCCCCAAACCAAAACAAAAACAAACCGGCCCCCCCGUCCCCCUCGCCCGCCGCCCCCGCCGAGCCCCGGACAUGGCGGCGCCGGGAGGGGGCUCCGCCAGCUGCGGCUGCUGAUCCGGCCGCCGCGUCCCCCUGCCCGCCCGUCCCUCCCCGCCCAUGGGCGAGACAUGGACUACGAGUUCAAGUCGAAGCUGGCGGCCGAGCGCGAGCGGGUGGAGGACCUGUUCGAGUACGAGGGAUGCAAGGUGGGCAGAGGCACCUACGGGCACGUCUACAAGGCCCGCCGCAAGGACGGAAAAGAUGAAAAGGAGUAUGCACUGAAGCAAAUUGAAGGUACAGGGAUAUCCAUGUCGGCCUGUAGAGAGAUUGCACUUUUACGAGAGUUGAAGCACCCAAAUGUGAUUGCAUUGCAGAAGGUUUUCCUUUCUCACAGUGACAGAAAGGUUUGGCUGCUGUUUGAUUAUGCUGAGCAUGACUUGUGGCAUAUUAUCAAGUUUCACCGUGCCUCAAAAGCAAAUAAAAAACCCAUGCAGUUGCCAAGAUCUAUGGUUAAAUCCCUACUCUACCAGAUCCUCGAUGGAAUCCAUUACCUCCAUGCAAACUGGGUGCUUCACAGAGAUCUGAAACCAGCAAACAUUCUGGUAAUGGGGGAAGGUCCUGAAAGAGGAAGAGUCAAAAUAGCUGAUAUGGGUUUUGCAAGAUUGUUUAACUCGCCUCUGAAGCCAUUGGCAGACUUGGAUCCAGUUGUGGUGACAUUCUGGUACAGAGCUCCAGAGCUGUUACUUGGGGCCAGACACUACACAAAGGCCAUUGAUAUUUGGGCAAUUGGCUGCAUAUUUGCUGAACUAUUGACUUCAGAACCUAUAUUUCACUGUCGCCAGGAGGACAUCAAAACAAGUAAUCCUUUUCAUCAUGAUCAGCUAGACCGCAUUUUCAGUGUAAUGGGAUUCCCUGCAGAUAAAGACUGGGAAGACAUAAGAAAGAUGCCAGAAUAUCCAACUCUUCAGAAAGAUUUUAGAAGAACAACAUAUGCCAAUAGUAGCCUCAUAAAAUACAUGGAGAAACACAAAGUCAAGCCUGACAGCAAAGUUUUUCUUUUGCUUCAGAAGCUUCUUACUAUGGACCCUACAAAGAGAAUUACCUCAGAGCAGGCUUUGCAGGACCCCUAUUUUCAAGAGGAUCCUCUGCCUACGUCAGAUGUAUUUGCUGGCUGUCAGAUUCCAUAUCCAAAAAGAGAAUUCCUCAAUGAAGAUGAACCUGAAGAGAAAGGGGAUAAGAAUCAGCAGCAGCAGAAUCAGCAUCAGCAGCAAACAGCACCUCAGCAGCAGGCGCAGGCAGCGCCGCAGCAGCCACAGCCGCAGCAGCAGAACAGCAGCCAGACCAACGGGACGGCGGCGGGCGCUGGCGGGGCAGGAGGGGGCGCAGGCGCGGGGCUCCAGCACAGCCAGGACUCCAGCCUCAGCCAGGUGCCUCCGAACAAGAAACCACGCAUAGGGCCUUCAGGCACUAACUCAGGCGGGCCUGUCAUGCCUUCAGAUUAUCAGCACUCCAGCUCGCGCCUGAGUUACCAAAGCAACAUUCAGGGAUCUUCUCAGUCCCAGAGUACAAUGGGCUAUUCCACAUCGUCUCAGCAGAGCUCUCAGUAUCACCAAUCUCAUCAGUCUCACAGGUACUGAGGGGCCUGGCAGGCUGCACUCAGAAAGGAAUGGACUAGAAGCCAGAAGACUCCAGCAAUAUGAAGUUCAUAAUGAUGAGAAGACCAAAAAUACAAACUAUGAUGCAGAAUUAAAAUUCAUGAUGAUAAAAGGAAAACUUCACUCACUGAAGAUUUCCCCCAUCCCUACCCCAUCCCCUUCCCUUUAUUGCCAUAAAGGAGAUUCUUGUGAAGUUUUCCUUCCUUCCUGCCCUUGCAUGUGCUCCAUUGUGGUUACUCUAAUGAACCCUUCUGAUCUGAACCCAGCACUUAACUUCUUUAUCCUUUGGAAUUUUGAAGGAUUCCUGGUGCACCUUCCUUAUGCUGUAGUGAUUGCCAUAAAUCUGUCUUUUCAAUCUCUUUGAUGGGAUUUUAAAGUUUUAAAAUCUUGAACUCCCAGGCUUUCAAGCUUGUAAAUAGUUAGUUUUGUACUAGGCAAACCAGUUUAGCUAUACAGGUAUAUUGCACCUUUUUAAAGCACUAUGUUAUUUUCACAGGAUAUUACUGUUUUGCUCAUGGAUGUCAAGAACAGCAAAAUUUUACUGUUCCAGAGUAUUUUACUAUUCUGUUUUUAUUAGUCUAGUUUUCAGGCAAAGUAUUAAAAAUAAAAAAUUUUAAAAAUUAAUAAAAUGAAAAAAAGAAAAAUGAAAAAAGAAAAAAAACCACCCAAGUCUCUGCAGCAACAGAUAUGCUUCAUGCUACUGGACUGAACGCCAAACAGAAGAUUGCUGAUAUUUCUUAACUCAUUCACAUUGAAUUCUUGAAAUCACAGUGAUCAUGCUCUGACUAGUUUUAAAUUAAGCAUUACUUUAAGUGAAACCAGGACAGUCACAUAAAAAGGAGAUGCUUUCAGGAUCUGUUGGAACAGAAGAAUGGAAUGUCUUCCCAGGCUGGACACCAAAAUAGUCAGGAAAAUGUAUUUACUGCCCUCAAGUCUCAGUAGGAAUGUGGAUGACAGGCUUUUUCUGUAUUUCUGUGAAGUAGCUUAUUAAUGUGUGUGAGAGUUCUAUAAAUUUAGCUUUCUUUCACAUUCCAGAGUCAGUUCUCAAAAUGUAAAGGUGACAGAAAUACUAAGACUUGCAAAAACAAAUGCAUUUAAUCAUUUUAUGUUAGAAUUUAUAAUUAAGAGAAAUUAUUGUGCAGUUUGAAAAGCAUGUUCCUGUUUCUUGUUUAUAAUGCAUAUUCUGUGUCCCUCACAUUGCUGUGAUUAACCAGAUUAGUUACACCAGAUGCGCCUGAUUGCACUGAAAUGUUUCUUUUUCCCUAGAGCAAACAUGUUUUGAUUGUGCCUAAGGGACUGUAAGUGGAUGGGUAGCUGGCAGAAAAUCCCUAGUAAUUAAGCAAGAGUUCAGAAGCAUAAUCAGAGGAUUAUUGUCCAACUUCUGGAACCACAGUUAUUCAGAGAGACACAACAUGUAAUUUGGGACAGCUUCGUUUUUGCUUCAGCCUUCAGAAAUAAGGCUGACUCCUGUGGCAGAAAGCCUAGAGGAAUGCAUUUAGAAAGCUACUGGCAGUGUAACAUCAGACAGCUUCUACAGCUGAUGUCCAGAGAAGAGGUGACAGUUCAGGUGUAAAUGGUCAGUGGUAACAGGUUUUUGUACUGCAGGUUAUUCUCUUCUGUCCCAUGCCCACACACACAAAAAAAAUGGUAUACCCAUGCACAUUCCAUUCCCACUGAAGUUGUGAUCAGAUGUAGCAAGAUGAGUAGGUCUGUUUGCUCUGAGGAAAAUGCUUUUCAUCACAUAUAUGGUUCUACUGGAUUUGAUCUCCCAGUCAUCUUUAGUGCCCCCUUCCUCCUCAAACUCAUGCUGUGUUCCUGCUUUCUGGAAGCAGUUGGCUUGCUUUGGCCAUACCUACCAUCCUUUGAUUUUGACAACACCCAGCUGCUCCAGAAAAGCAGCUAAAACCUGCUUUUGUCAUCAAAUGGAUAAGAAGGUGGUGAAAAACUAAAUGAAGCAAUUGAAGGGAAAAAUUAUUUCUGGGGAAAAAUAAUCUCCCAAAGGAUAUUUUCAAUAUAUAACCCUUGAAAUGCUACAUUUUAUACAUCCUGUAGUACUCUGAAAGGACAGGUUUUAAUUGUUCCUUUAUUUAAGUGACUGUGGAGUGACAAUUCUUUCUGUCUCCCCCCCUUACUGAUGUUAGGAUGAGGUACUUUUGAUCAAAUGGAUAUUUGGCCAAUGCUAUUAAGUAACACUUCUUUUAUACUUCUGCGAUUUGAAUGUCGCAUUUCUGGAAAUUAACUUAUGGCAGAGUGAUUUUUGUCCCCUUGUGUUCUUUUCAUCCGUCUAUUCUCUCAGAAUUAUUUUGUCUUUUCUACUACAGUUAUCUAACAUUUCUUUUCCCUGCUGUGACUUGCAGCUGAUCAUCAAAAUUCAUACAAGAUCAGGAGGUGGCAGGGGACCACUGGUUAAUUAAGGUGGGCUCUUGUGCCAAUAAGGCAAAAUCAUGGUGUAGAUUAAUCUCUAUGUAGAGUGUGAAACUUCACAGCAAUGUAAGGUGCUUUAAUUGAGUGAACUUCCAGCUUCUAGAGUGACUGCCAACAACCUCUCUCAGCUGUAUUUAGCUUUCUUGUCUUGGUUGGGUUGAUAGAUGACCACAUGCCACUCCUCUCUCUAGCUUUUAUGUGCACAGGUGAAGCCGAGCUGACUUCUUCUGUUCCUCCAAAUUCACAACUGGGAGGAGAGGGAAUAAAAGCAACAGCACUGGCUGCAAAAUGUAGGCUCUGCACACUCUUGUAGUUUCUUCCUGGGGGUGAAAUAAUUUGCCUUUUCUUGGGAGCUUGAUGCAUGCUGCCAGGGUUGGUGGCAGUCAUAGUGGAAGAAGCCUUGAUGCCUAGGAAAAAACUCUCUGCUUUUGGAAGUGAAUUGUGCAGUUUGUUGUGGGAAACCAGGACUGUGUCAUUUUUAUGGGUUUUUUUUUGGCCUGUGCAGUUUCUUUAUUACUCAGCUCUGUCUCUGCCCAUAACCUACAGACUCUCAGCAAAGUGUUUCACACCUCUACUGAGAGGCGCAGAGCUGGCUUCUCCAUCCUGGUGAGAGAACAGGCUGCCGAGCACAACUUUUCACGUCGUGGCUCAGAGGAAACAAACAUGUGGGGAAUGAGCAGCCUGGUCCGCGUUGGGGAAGUUUAUGUAGCACAAACUGCACAAUGAAGGAAAAAUAAUAGGGAAAGCUGCAACUCCUGCACUGUAUCUGUGACACUGUAUCUGGGGAGGGGGAGGGAAGCGCAUUCGUAGCGGGAGGGGUGGCGGGAAGCUAGAAGUGUUCAAAUAUGUAUGAUAUUUUAUAUAAACAUAAUAAGCUUAGUUCCCCUUCAUAAUCUUCAGGAAUGGUACUUUAACACCAUUAAGUAAAGAAUUGUUUUAGGAUUAAAUAAAUGUAUUGUACAUAAGGCCAUACGUAAUCUUCUAAAAAUGUCGCCAGACAGGAGCGAUGUGUAUUACAAUAUGAAAAAAGUCCUUAAUGCACUGUUAUCUCCUAAAUAUUUAGUAGUAAAUUAAUACUAUUUAAUUUUUUUAAAAAUUUGUCUUGUGUAGACACUAAAAAGUAUUACACAAAAUCUGGACAGAACAUGUCCUUUUUAACAGCAAUUUAAAGAACUUUUUAUAUAUGUAAGGUAGUAACUUUUCAAAUUGUUCUAGUUGUAUAUUCCCAUGUUUACUAUUUGUGGAAGUGUGCCUGUCUCUUCUCAGUUAUUUUUUUUUCCUAAUAAUUUCAUGCACGCAUCUUUCAUUUUUGUAGUUUCCAUUAGAAAUUACUGUGUAUGCGCCUGGUGCUGCCACAAAACUUUCCUGCUCUAGAUCUGUGGUGGCUGCAUUCGGUAGUGCCCAUGCCAAUGGGCUACCAAAACCACGAAGCAAAUACUUGUUUCUCAUUCUAGAGUUGAGAGUUUACUGCUUUUAAGUUGUCCUGAUGUCACUCUUGAAAUGACUGUUAAAACUAAGCUAUGAGUUCAUUGCAUUUAUUUUAUAUUCUUGGUUGUAAUGAAAUGGAAUUGACUUUGCUUCAGUGUGAAUUUUUUUAAUAAAAUAAUAUACAUUUGUAAUAAUAAUAAAAAGUUUAAAUCAAAUAAGCGUGCAGAAAAGUUUUGUAAACAUCAACUUUGGGCUACCAGUAGGGAAAAUUUAGCCCACAAAAUUGCAGUUGUAAUUCUGUUCAGGAUGUUUAUGAUAUCAUACACCACAGAAAACAAAGCUUGCAAAGCUUCAGGGUUGAAAUUACAGUUUUUAAAAUGCCCACGAGAAUAUUCACAGCUAUGUGUCUAUCAAAAUAGAAUGAAGCUUUAUGGAAAGCAGGAUUGAUGGAGUGUUCUCUUAAGUUUUGCUCUCCACUUGUAAGCGUACAGAUCUGCCACACUGAUGGCACUUGCUGAGAUUCAUUAUAACUUGCAAGACAAUCCUGUAGAUGCAUCUUCUGAAAAAGAAAGCUGUUUUACUCUGUUCUGGAAAGAAAUGCUUUCCUGUUUUCUUCGCCUGCUGGAUAUUGGAGCAGUUCAAGUAUUUCAGGUGGUAACAUGGAAAGUGUGAGCUAGAGCAUUAUUGGUGGGUUUUCACAAUGGGAUUUUGUGUGCUUUGCUAGUCUGUGUGUUUCUGUUCCAUCUAACUUUUAUUGAAUGGAUUGAUGGAAUGGAAUGGAUGGAUGGAUGGAUGACUUCUUCCAAAAAUCCCACUUGUCUUUAUCGUAAGAGUUGUAUGGGUAAGAACAGUUGGGAUUUACUUGCACUGCCCAUUGCCUUAAGAAAGAGGCUUUGUUUUUUGAUGUGCCUGUUACACAAGGGUGGGAAUAGGAGUGGCCUUUUGACAAAAAGCUUAGUCUGCAUCUCUGACACCUCAAGACAGAGCUGUUCCUUCAGCCUCAAUGCAACUGAAUAUUCCCAACUCUGUAACCCCCAGGGUUUCUGCUUCUGGUGUCCUUUUGUUGAUACAAUUGUGCUUAGUAAACAGCUUUGACUUGCAUGUUUCUGAAACCUCCUAUGCCAGCUCUGUCUCAAUCUCCAUUCUUUUACAGCACAUCUCUCUAUUUUUCCUACCUGCUCGUUCAGUUUACAGUCUAAUCCAGUCUGAUCAUACUGAUCUAGAUUAAUGGUGUUCCUUUUUUGUCCUCGACAGCUAAACAACUUUGAUUUCACAGCCACUGAGAAAGUUGCAGAGUGGGUUGUUUAUUAGUCUUUUGCUUUGACUUGUUGCUUCUUGCUCUGUGUUAUUGCCCUGGCUCUGCCAUCUCUGUUGCAUUAGUUGUAAAGCUUCUCUCUUCACUUGCUCAUGACUGCCAAACUUUUGUUUGGCAGUUACGCUAUCCCUCUUACUGUUACGCUAUCCCUCUUACUGAAAUCAAGACGUUAGGUAAGUUGCCUCUUGGUCUCGUUGUCCCACCAGGUCAGCCUUUGCACCCUUAAUUUUUAGUCUUCUAAACAAGCAUUUGUAGGCUCUUUUUCCAAUUGCCCACUGUUUCUGAAGAGAUGUUGCAUAUAAUUCUGAAAAAUUCGCUCCUUGGUGUUUUCUGCAUCCCUCAUUAAAACCCCUUGGCAUUGAUGUAUACAGAAGUUUAGUAUUUUAUGCUACUGGUGGGCAAGGAGUCAUAUCUAUUGUGUAAAUGAAAGCUGCUCCAGUGUUCACUUUGCCUUCCAGUCUGUCUGCAUCCAUCAUAUCCCUGCAUGCUCCUUGCAAGCUCCCUUGUGACAAGAACAGUCAUUUUGUUCUGAAUACAGUAGUUUCAUGACUGGGGCUUGCAGCUCUCUGGAAUAUGAAUAAUAAUCACUGCAAUAUCAUGGUGUUUUACUGCUGGACAAUACACAGUAGUAGUGUUGCCACUUUCCAUGUGCUAUUUCAACACAAGAAGCAUCAUGUUAGUGCCAAACACCAAUUUAACAUGGCUAAUCACAGAACCUGAGCAAGCAUUGUUCCAAUAGCUAGCAAAGGUUAAUGAUGGUGUUCUUGUAAUGUUGUUUUAACAGGUAGGUUCUGCUUUUUUACUUUCCAGGGAGCUUCAUAUCCUUGUUUGCGAUCACAGAAAAAAAUCCAGAAACUUUGGCUUAUAUUGGUGGUUUUAUAGUAAUUUAGAAAAUUAUUAUUGCAUAAUUGCUACAAUUAUUUUUUUCAUUUGCAAGAAAUAUUUAUUAGAACAGCAGUUAUUGAGGUAGAUUAAAAUCACCAACAAGGUUAUGAAAGAUAUGUGUACAGUCAUAGCUGAGCUGCUGAAACUGCUGGGGGAGUACCACAACUGUUAUGUAACAGAUUGCCAAGUUAAUCCGGAGUAGGUGUUUAAAAAAAUUAUUAUUGUUGUUAUUAUUACUAUCAUUGUUAUUGCAAGUCUGAAAGUAAUACCAACCUACCUAAUAUUUUUUAUGUAAUGUACUUACUUUGGAAUAGGGUCAAUAUUUCCAGCUUGGUGUAUUGGCAUAUUGCUAUGUGUAUUGUAGGGUCUGUAACAAGCCAUUUCUAUGAUUAUUUUGUGUGUUCUCUGAAUUGUUAUAAAGAGGACAGACAGCCUGAGAGUAUUUAGCUCCUACAUGUGCAUUGCAUGCACAGAACAUGUGGCUAAAUGAAGUAUUCAGCAAUACAUUAACUUAGCUAAAAUGUCUUAUGAUGUUGUUCAGUAAGAAGUUGUUUGAAUAAAGCUGGUAUAUUAAAUUAUUACAGAAA